AUGGCCACACCACAAACACUGUGGGGCUGUGGACCAGAGCUAGCCACAACAACCACACCACAGAGACUAGCUAGCCACAACAACCACAGCCACACCACAGAGAAUGUGGGGCUGUGGACCAGAGCUAGCCACAACAACCAUGGCCACACCACAAAGACUGUGGGGCUGUGGACCAGAGCUAGCCACAACAACCACACCACAGAGACUGUGGGGCUGUGGACCAGAGCUAGCCACAACAGCCACACCACAGAGACUGUGGGGCUAUGGACCAGAGCUAGCCUCAACAACCACGGCCACACCACAAAGACUGUGGGGCUGUGGACCAGAGCUAGCCACAACAACCACACCACAGAGACUGUGGGGCUGUGGACCAGAGCUAGCCACAACAGCCACACCACAGAGACUGUGGGGCUAUGGACCAGAGCUAGCCUCAACAACCACGGUCACACCACAGAGUCUGUGGGGCUGUGGACCAGAGCUAGCCACAACAACCACAGCCACACCACAGUGACUGUGGUGCUAUGGACCAGAGCUAGCCACAACAACCACGGUCACACCACAGAGUCUGUGGGGCUGUGGACCAGAGCUAGCCACAACAACCACAGCCACACCACAGUGACUGUGGUGCUAUGGACCAGAGCUAGCCACAACAACCACGGCCACACCACAGCGUCUGUGGGGCUGUGGACCAGAGCUAGCCACAACAACCACAGCCACACCACAGAGAAUGUGGGGCUAGCUAGCCACAACAACCACAGCCACACCACAGAGAAUGUGGGGCUGUGGACCAGAGCUAGCCACAACAACCAUGGCCACACCACAAAGACUGUGGGGCUGUGGACCAGAGCUAGCCUCAACAACCACGGCCACACCACAAAGACUGUGGGGCUGUGGACCAGAGCUAGCCACAACAACCACACCACAGAGACUGUGGGGCUGUGGACCAGAGCUAGCCACAACAGCCACACCACAGAGACUGUGGGGCUAUGGACCAGAGCUAGCCUCAACAACCACGGCCACACCACAAAGACUGUGGGGCUGUGGACCAGAGCUAGCCACAACAACCACACCACAGAGACUGUGGGGCUGUGGACCAGAGCUAGCCACAACAGCCACACCACAGAGACUGUGGGGCUAUGGACCAGAGCUAGCCUCAACAACCACGGUCACACCACAGAAGCUAGCCACAACAACCACAGCCACACCACAGAGAAUGUGGGGCUGUGGACCAGAGCUAGCCACAACAACCAUGGCCACACCACAAAGACUGUGGGGCUGUGGACCAGAGCUAGCCUCAACAACCACGGCCACACCACAAAGACUGUGGGGCUGUGGACCAGAGCUAGCCACAACAACCACACCACAGAGACUGUGGGGCUGUGGACCAGAGCUAGCCACAACAGCCACACCACAGAGACUGUGGGGCUAUGGACCAGAGCUAGCCUCAACAACCACGGCCACACCACAAAGACUGUGGGGCUGUGGACCAGAGCUAGCCACAACAACCACACCACAGAGACUGUGGGGCUGUGGACCAGAGCUAGCCACAACAGCCACACCACAGAGACUGUGGGGCUAUGGACCAGAGCUAGCCUCAACAACCACGGUCACACCACAGAAGCUAGCCACAAAAACCACAGCCACACCACAGAGAAUGUGGGGCUGUGGACCAGAGCUAGCCACAACAACCAUGGCCACACCACAAAGACUGUGGGGCUGUGGACCAGAGCUAGCCUCAACAACCACGGCCACACCACAAAGACUGUGGGGCUGUGGACCAGAGCUAGCCACAACAACCACACCACAGAGUCUGUGGGGCUGUGGACCAGAGCUAGCCACAACAGCCACACCACAGAGACUGUGGGGCUAUGGACCAGAGCUAGCCUCAACAACCACGGUCACACCACAGAGUCUGUGGGGCUGUGGACCAGAGCUAGCCACAACAACCACACCACAGAGACUGUGGGGCUCCACAACAACCACACCACAGAGACUGUGGGGCUGUGGACCAGAGCUAGCCACAACAACCACAGCCACACCACAGUGACUGUGGUGCUAUGGACCAGAGCUAGCCACAACAACCAUGGCCACACCACAGCGUCUGUGGGGCUGUGGACCAGAGCCAGCCACAACAACCACACCACAGAGACUGUGGGGCUGUGGACCAGAGCUAGCCACAACAACCACAGCCACACCACAGUGACUGUGGUGCUAUGGACCAGAGCUAGCCACAACAACCACACCACAGAGACUGUGGGGCUGUGGACCAGAGCUAGCCACAACAACCACAGCCACACCACAGUGACUGUGGUGCUAUGGACCAGAGCUAGCCACAACAACCAUGGCCACACCACAGCGUCUGUGGGGCUGUGGACCAGAGCCAGCCACAACAACCACAGCCACACCACAGAGACUGUGGGGCUAUGGACCAGAGCUAGCCUCAACAACCACGGUCACACCACAGAGUCUGUGGGGCUGUGGACCAGAGCUAGCCACAACAACCACGGCCCCACCACAGCAGCUAGCCACAACAACCACACCACAGAGACUGUGGGGCUGUGGACCAGAGCUAGCCUCAACAACCACGGCCACACCACAGAGUCUGUGGGGCUGUGGACUAGAGCUAGCCACAACAACCACACCACAGCGUCUGUGGGGCUGUGGACCAGAGCUAGCCACAACAACCACACCACAGAGACUGUGGGGCUGUGGACCAGAGCUAGCCUCAACAACCACGGUCACACCACAGCAGCUAGCCACAACAACCACAGCCACACCACAGAGAAUGUGGGGCUGUGGACCAGAGCUAGCCACAACAACCAUGGCCACACCACAAAGACUGUGGGGCUGUGGACCAGAGCUAGCCACAACAGCCACACCACAGAGACUGUGGGGCUAUGGACCAGAGCUAGCCUCAACAACCACGGCCACACCACAGAAGCUAGCCACAACAACCACAGCCACACCACAGAGAAUGUGGGGCUAUGGACCAGAGCUAGCCUCAACAACCACGGUCACACCACAGAGUCUGUGGGGCUGUGGACCAGAGCUAGCCACAACAACCACACCACAGAGACUGUGGGGCUGUGGACCAGAGCUAGCCACAACAACCACAGCCACACCACAGUGACUGUGGUGCUAUGGACCAGAGCUAGCCACAACAACCACGGCCACACCACAGCGUCUGUGGGGCUGUGGACCAGAGCUAGCCACAACAACCACAGCCACACCACAGAGAAUGUGGGGCUAGCUAGCCACAACAACCACAGCCACACCACAGAGAAUGUGGGGCUGUGGACCAGAGCUAGCCACAACAACCAUGGCCACACCACAAAGACUGCGGGGCUGUGGACCAGAGCUAGCCACAACAGCCACACCACAGAGACUGUGGGGCUAUGGACCAGAGCUAGCCUCAACAACCACGGCCACACCACAGAAGCUAGCCACAACAACCACAGCCACACCACAGAGAAUGUGGGGCUGUGGACCAGAGCUAGCCACAACAACCAUGGCCACAUCACAAAGACUGUGGGGCUGUGGACCAGAGCUAGCCUCAACAACCACGGCCACACCACAAAGACUGUGGGGCUGUGGACCAGAGCUAGCCACAACAACCACACCACAGAGACUGUGGGGCUAGCUAGCCACAACAACCACAGCCACACCACAGAGAAUGUGGGGCUAUGGACCAGAGCUAGCCUCAACAACCACGGUCACACCACAGAGUCUGUGGGGCUGUGGACCAGAGCUAGCCACAACAACCACACCACAGAGACUGUGGGGCUGUGGACCAGAGCUAGCCACAACAACCACAGCCACACCACAGUGACUGUGGUGCUAUGGACCAGAGCUAGCCACAACAACCACGGCCACACCACAGCGUCUGUGGGGCUGUGGACCAGAGCUAGCCACAACAACCACAGCCACACCACAGAGAAUGUGGGGCUAGCUAGCCACAACAACCACACCACAGAGACUGUGGAGCUGUGGACCAGAGCAAGCCACAACAACCACACCACAGAGACUGUGGGGCUGUGGACCAGAGCUAACCACAACAACCACAGCCACACCACAGAGAAUGUGGGGCUGUGGAUCAGAGCUAGCCACAACAACCACAGCCACACCACAGGCAUCAGGAGCUGA